ACACACACACAUAUUUGAAUACCCUCAUAGGAGGACUUGCUGUAGUCAAAUUGAAUCAUCACUCUCAGUGAUACCACCAUGGGAUGCUCAGGGCUGUUGAUUUUGGGCUUUGUCCUAAAUGUGUCUCACUGCUUGGACAUGCUGGAUAUGGAGGAGGACAUGGAGAUUGAUCGUAACGUCACUGGGAUCCUUGGAGAGGACAUCUUCCUCCGCUGUCAGUACCUGGGACAGAAUGACAUCACAGACGCCUCAUGGAAACGCCCAGACUCUAGAAUGAAGCGAUCGAUGAAGAAAUUAACAGGCUACAAGAACAACAAGGCUUUCAGCAAAGACCCAGACUUCUCCACCCCAGCCUCUCCCACCAAUCUGACUGUGAAGAUGAGGGUGUCUACUCUGGAGGCUCAGGGGGAGUACACAUGCGUGUUUGCCACUGAUGAAGAGGAGAUCACUAACAGCAUGUUUCUCACUGUCCUGGCUCGACCUGAUAUCCACACAGAGGUGACAGAGGACACAGACAACGCUACCCACUACCAGUCAGUCACAUGCUCAGCUACCAAUGGUAAACCUGUGGCUCUGAUUCGCUGGGAGAUCAACGGCAGUCCUCCUACUGACAACUCCUCUGUGGGGAUGAGGAACACCAGUUAUACCAAUGGCACUGCCACUGUGACCAGCAUUCUCCGCUUCCCCACCCACCUACAGGACCAGGACAGGGUGACCUGUGUGGUCCAGCACCCAACCCUGCCUGACCCCACCACACAUGUCACAGUGGGGGUGGAGACCUUCAUGGCUCCCAAUGUGACCAUUGAGACAUACCUGGUUCUAGAGGACGGGGAGGAGUUCUGGGUGGUCAACUGUGGUGCAGCUGGAGGGCGACCCCGAGCUGACAUCACCCUGGUGCUGCUCAAUCGGGAUGCCAGUUCCAUGCUACAGAAGGAGGUUGUCAUGGAUGCAGCAGACACAUUGGUCAGGUCAUACCGCUUCCCAGCUGAGCUUCAUGAAGGGGAAAACAUCACCUGUCUGUUUGACCACCCCAAGUUCCCACACAGAGAGCUACGGACCACCACUUUGCCGGCAUUCUAUCUGUCUGCUGUUCGGCUGCUGAACCCAGGGUUGGCAGACCGCAGCAACAAGAGCCAGGCUGUAGAGUCAGUGGUUCUGGAGGAAGGACAGAGCAAAACCACCAUCGGGCUAAAGGUCGUUGGGGAUGUACCACGUUACAGUAUCGUAUGCACCAAAGAAGAGCAGUCUCUCCCUGAGGGUGUGGAGGUGAUUGGCAGUGCUCUAACCCUGCAGGGUCCUGUGGAGCUCUACCAUGCAGGGCUGUAUGAGUGUGAGGCCUCCUACUACAGCCACAGGGCAUCUGUACUGCUGGACAUUACCGUUAACCCACAAGUCAAGCAGUCUGUGACUGUUCCUCCCAGCAUAAGGAUUGAUGUCCAGGACAGACUGGGUAACAGGUUCAUUGAGUGCCUGGCUGCAGACUCUGUCCCCAUUGCCAAUGUGUCCUGGGUUCUACCUGAGGGUGUGUCUGGGCCCUCCUGGUCCAGUCUCACAUCCCAUAAUGGAACCCACUCUGUCAGCAGUGUGUUAGUCCUGCCUGCCUGCUCAGCCCAGGAGCUCAAUAUGGAGUGUGUGAUAGAUCAUUCUGUGUUUGUGUUGCCAGAGAGAAGACAGAUAACACUCCCUGUGUGUGCUCCUCCUAACAUCACCAUCCAGUCCAGCUCUGAGUGGGAGGAAGAUAUAGCAUACACACUGGUGCAGUGCACUGUGGACAGUGUUGGACCUGCUGCCACUAUCUCCUGGAGUCUUGGAGACAGGGACAGUGACAAUAGUACCAGUCAGCUUAAAGAGGGGCAGGAGCAGGAUCAGGGGCAGCCUGAGCACCAUGCCAAUGGCUCUGUGACAGUCUGUAGUGUGUUGAGGCUCCCCACUUCCAUGUUCUCUGGUCAGAAUGUCACCUGUGUGGUGGAUCAGCUGGGUCUUGAAAGGCCAGAGAGAAGAGGGAUACUGCUGCGUGGAUUGGAGUCCACUGUGAUGCGUGUUUUUGUUGCGAGGCAAAGCAGAUCUCUGUGGCUGGCUGUGUGUGAGUACAGAGGGGACGGGAUCAGAGCACACCUCUCUUGGGUUCUACCUGACAACACCACAGGCCGCAUCUCCUUCCGCUCUGGGUAUGAAGGUGUGAGAGUGCUAACCAACCUCACCUAUGAGUUUCCACUGGCCCUCCACGAGGGACAGGACCUGACUUGCCUCUUUCAAAAUCACCAUGGACUUAAGGAGAGGAGGACAGUCCAUGUCCCUAGAUACUACAUAUCAUCUGUCAGACUACUGAACCAAACCACUCCCCUGGACAAACAUUAUGGAGAUGAGUCCGUCAUACACCGAAUGUCUCUAAAGGAGAAUUUCCAAAACCAGAGGAUCCUGCUCAAAGUGUAUGGCAGUGUACCAACUUACAACCUCACCUGUCACAGAAAUGAUGGCUCAUUGGUCCAGAUGGAUGGCGGAGCUCUGUUGUUCCAAUCAAAGGUCACGGAGCAGGAUGCGGGCCUCUACACCUGCCACGCCUCUUUCUACCACCAUAAGGCCUCAGUCCUCAUUCAAGUGGAGGUCACCAGUGAAGAUAAACAGCUCAUGAUGGUCUUCAUCGUCUGCUUCUCCUCGGCUGCGGCCAUCUCGAUCCUCCUCAUUGUCACUUUGUGUGUUUUCUGCAAAAUAAAUGGAGGAGACCGCCCAGCAUCUAAGAAGCGCGAGUCGCUGGCACCCCUGACCUCUCUGACCCAGGACCUGUGCUCUCCAGAGUUGAGGAAGGGGAAGGCAGCAGUGACAGUACCAGGAGGAGGAGGCCAGGAGUACAACCAGCUGCUCAGCUACUCUAUUGUCAUUGAUGCCAGAUCCACGGUGUAAAUAACAGGGAGCACUACUUGUGCACUGUAUAGGAAAUAGGGUAUCAUUUGAGUCUGGUUGAUUUAGUUUGGUAGGUUAAAAAAAACAUACUCGGUAAAUGCAUUUAAAAAAACUUGACAAGGAUAUCGCAAAAGUCAGAGACUUAUUUCCAUUGUGGUCCCUAAAUUCCAUGGUGCAAAAACAUUACAACAUCACAUACAGUUGAAGUCGGACGUGUACAUACACCUUAGCCAAAUACAUUUAAACUCUGUUUUUCACUUUUCCUGACAUCUAAUCCUAGUACAAAUGCCCUGUCUUAGGUCAGUUAUGAUCACCACUUUAGAAUGUGAAAUGUCAGAAUAAUAGUAGAGAGAAUGAUUUAUUUCAGCUUUUAUUACUUUCAUCACAUUCCCAGUGGGUCAGAAGUUUACAUACACUCAAUAUUAUUUGGUAGCAUUGCCUUUAAAUUGUUUAACUUGGGUCAAAUGUUUCAGGUAGCCUUCCACAAGCACAAUAAGUUGGGUGAAUUUUGGCCCAUUCCUCCUGACAGAGCUGGUGUAACUGAGUCAGGUUUGUAGGCCUCCUUGAUCGCACAGGCUUUUUCAGUUCUGCCAACACGUUUUCUAUAGGAUUGAGGUCAGGGCUUUGUGAUGGCCACUCCAAUACCUUGACUUUGUUGUCAUUAAGUCAUUUUGACAUAACUUUGGAAGUAUGCUUGGGGUUAUUGUCCACUUGGAAGACCCAUUUGCGACCAAGCUUUAGCUGCCUGACUGAUGUCUUAAGAUGUUGCUUCAAUAUAUCCAUGUAAUUAUCCUUCCUCACGCUUUUUUUUAUGGCAGUUUUGGAGUGGUGGCUUCUUCCUUGCUGAGCGGCCUUUCAGGUUAUGUUGAUAUAGGACUCCUUUUACUGUGGAUAUAGAUACUUUUGUACCCGUUUCAUCCAGCAUCUUCACAAGGUCCUUUGCUGUAGUUCUUAGAUUGAUUUGCACUUUUCGCACUUUUCGCACUAAAGUACAUUAAUCUCUAGGAGACAGAAUGCGUCUCCUUCCUGAGCGGUAUGAUGGCUGCGUGGUCCCAUGGUGUUUAUACUUGCGUACUAUUGUUUGUACAGAUGAACGUGGUACCUUCAGGCGUUUGAAAAUUGCUCCCAAGGAUGAACCAGACUUGUGGAGGCCUGCAAUUUUUUUUCUGAGGUCUUGGCUGAUUUCUUUUGAUUUUCCCAUGAUGUCAAGCAAAGAGGCACUGAGUUUGAAGGUAGGCCUUGAAAUACAUCCACAAUUACACCUCCAAUUGAUUAAAAUUAUGUCAAUUAGCCUAUCAGAAGCUUCUAAAGCCAUGACAUAAUUUUCUGGAAUUUUCCAAGAUGUUUAAAGGCACAGUCAACUUAGUGUAUGUAAACUUCUGAUCCACUGGAAUUGUGAUACAGUGAAUUAUAAAUUAAAUAAUCUGUCUGUAAACAAUUGUUGGAAAAAUGACUUGUCAUGCACAAAGUAGAAGUCCUAACCGACUUGCCAAAACUAUAGUUUGUUAACAAGGUAUUUGUGGAGUGGUUGAAAAACUAGAUUUAAUGACUCCAACCUAAGUGUAUAUAAACUUCUGACUUCAACUCUAGAUAAAGAUACAUUACACAGACAUUUUUUAUUUUUCAUUAGCAAGCUUUUGACUGUAGGCAACCACAGGCUUUUGUACUAUAUGUCAGAGAACAUUCAGAUGGGUCUGCUGACUCAGCUAGAGUAUUCUGUGCAUCACUCUUACGUGAUUCAUGCCAGGAUAUUAAAAUGCAUUAUUUUGUGAAUUUUUCAUGAUUUUUUGUUUUGUUUAUUAGUGUAUUAUGUAUGUCAUGCUUUGGUGUUUUCAAUAAUCAUAAUAUGUUGUAAAGAAAUGUAUUGUAAAACUGCUAGAAAUGAUGUUGAGCGUAGCAACUGUUUGUUUUACUGUUUUGGAUUUCUGGUCCCCACAAGUAUUAAACUUUGAAAGGUUGUUCAUUUUGGUUAUCUAAUGUAGUAAAAUCCAAAGCAUUAUCAUUAACGUUACUGUAAAUGUGUAUCUUGUUGUUAAAACUGCCUUGUUUGACAGGUUUAAGACUAAAUUAAUUGACGCGCGCACGCGCACUCUUGUAGAACUAACCUUGUGGGGGCAACACAAUUCAGUCCCAUUCAAAAUCCUAUUUUCCCUAACCUUAACCCCAAAACCUAAACCUAAGCCUAGCUCCUAAACCCUAAAACCCCUAGAAAUAGCAUUUGACCUUGUGGGGACUAACAAAAUGUCCCCAGUUGGUCAAAUGUAUGUUUGUUUAAUAUUGUUGUGGGGAUUUCUGGUCCCCUCAAGUAUAGUUAAACAUGUCCAGACUCACUCACUCACUCAGUUUAAGUUUUUUGCACUAACCCUGAGGGUGUCUGGAAAAUAAGACACUCCUAAUAGAGCUCACGUCAUCACUUGCAGAAGAGCAGUAAUAUUUAUUCUCACCUGAGAGAAUAAAGUAAAUCAGGUUGGAUCAGGAUUUGCAUAAUUUUAAUACAGACUGCAGUUUGCUGUGAUGAGUUUAAUCCAAAUGUGUGAUGUGGCAAGUUUCUUUAUACCAAUCAUAGUAAGAAAUUAGUGUCUUGUUUACCAAUGCUGGGGCAGUCAACUAUAUGUUAUACUACUCUGGUUCUGAAUAAUGCAUUUUAAAUCCUGGUAUAGGGUUAGUCCAUGUUAAAUUAUGUAAAUUAAAGUUAAAAAUAUAUUUCACUUCCAAUGACUUAUUUAGCAUCUCCUAGCGCCCCCUUAUGGAACAUAAGAGAUCCCACAACAUGGACCAUAAAAAUUGACGUAACGUCCCAUGUAACUAUGGGAACGAGACCUACUAAUAUUUUGUCGUAGUCCAAGUUUGAAAAGUUAGGUAGCUAAGUUAGAUAUUUAAUAAAGCUUUUCCCAUCUCUGCAGACUUAUCAGACCUGCUGCAAAGUCUGGAGCAACAUGUUCAGGCUUUGGCCAACACCAACAACCCCUUGGUGUUAGUUUUUAGUGCUGGUUUGGCAGGAGAGCUGGGUUCACAGCCAAACCUUGAACACCCUGCUUUAAGACUCCAAGUAGCUCUUUGGCAGGGUCAGGAGCACCAACGAGCUGAUCCACCCAGGCCCGGGACAGACUACUAGCCCUGAAGGACAGCUUGGGACGCAAGGAUGACAUCAGGGUCGUGAGUGUAGGAGCUCCAUCCCUGGGACCCCUAUGCUACUUCCUCCAGGCAGAGUGGGACGGACUGGUUGAUGUUGAUGUGGUUUCCUACCUGCGCUCUGAGCUCAACCAGCCCAUGUGAAACAGCAAGCGGCAGGAUAGCCUAGUGGUUAGAGCUUUGGACUAGUGACCGGAAGGUUGCAAGUUCAAACCCCCGAGCUGACAAGGUACAAUUCUGUCGUUCUGCCCCUGAACAGGCAGUUAACCCACUGUUCCUAGGCCGUCCUUGAAAAUAAGAAUUUGUUCUUAACUGACUUGCCUAGUUAAAUAAAGAUUUUAAAAAAGCC